UGUUGCAGAAACAAAAGAAGUGCUUUGACGGUUAUUUCGUUUGUCAACAAAAAAUAUUAUUUUCAUCUAUUAAAUAAUAAUUUUCUCCUUCAUUUUCCUGUUCCAGGUGUUUUUUUGUGAUGUGUACUUUACUAGAGAGUGAUAAUUUUAUUUAAUGAACUUAAAGGUUCAUAAAUUUGAGUAUUUUUUUAUACUCCUACUGUCAAAUAUUCAUUUUGUCAAUAAAACUGUUUUGAAUGACAAAAAUAUAAUUUUAAUACACUUUAAAUAGGAUUUACAUUUUGAAUAGUUUUCAGUAAUGUCGAAAUCAGGGACUUAUGAUCCAUCGGUUGAAAGACACUUUGUUGGACAUAAGGAUCAAAUAUCUGGAUUAUGUUUUCAUCCAGAAACAUCACAUAUUGGAUCCUCGAGUUUGGAUCGUACAUUAAUGGUAUGGAAUUUCACUGAUUCAGUGAGAGCAUAUAAAUUCUCUGCACACAAAGAUGUUGUUUUGGAUGUUGAUUAUGCACCUUCCGGUGAAGUUAUAGCCACAGCAUCCAAGGAUAGAUCUGUAAGAAUAUGGGUACCGAAAAUUCAUGGUGAAUCCUUAGAUUUUCGAGCUCAUUCCGGCGCUGUUCGUUCGGUGAAAUUUAGUUAUGAUGGUGAAAAUCUUGUGACAUCGUCUGAUGAUAAAAGUGUGAAAAUUUGGAAGGUAUGCAGAAGAAGAUUUCUUCAAUCAUUCACGGAUCAUACAAAUUGGGUGAGAUGUGCCAAAUAUUCACAAGAUGGAAGAUUAAUAGUUUCAUGUAGUGAUGAUAAAACUAUUAAAUUAUGGGAUACAGUGAGCGGACAAUGUGUCAGGACUUUUAAUGAAAUAAAAGCAUCUGCGGUUGAUGUUGAAUUUCAUCCAAGUGGAGGAGCAAUUGGAGCGGCUUGCACAAAUGGUUGCGUCAAAUUAUAUGACUUAAGAACAGCUUCUUUACAUCAACAUUACACUAUUCACAAUGGAACAGUUCAUAAAGCAAAAUUUCAUCCAAAUGGAAAUUUUAUGUUAACAGCUUCUGAGGACUCAACUAUGAAGAUUUUGGAUUUACUCGAAGGUCGUCCAAUUUAUACUUUAAAGGGACACGUAGGUGAAAUAACAGCAAUAGCAUUUUCAAAAACUGGUGAAUAUUUCACAUCUGGAGGUGAAGAUCGACAGCUAUUAAUUUGGAAAUCGAAUUUCGACAAAGAAGAUAAAUCGAGAAAAAUUUCUAGACAAUUAAUUUCACCAAAAUUAAAAUUUAACAAUUCAUUGUCUGAUAAUAAGGGAAAUAAUUCGGAGAAAACAGAAUCGAAUGAUGAAGAAGAUGAAGAUGUGAAAGAAAGUGAAGAGGAUUUAAAUGAGUAUUUAUCAAGAUCAAUCAAAAGUUUACAUAAUUCUGAAACUAAAAACAAAGUAUAUACUGAAUGUCCAAUGAGUAUAAUUCAUGAUAAAGCUGAAAUUGAAGUGAUAAAUUUACGAAAUAUUAAAGCACAUGAACAAAAUAUGAAAUUUACAAUGUCAAAUUCAUAUUGUAAUAGAACAAAUGAUAUUUCACAAAGUUCAAGUGGAUUGAUUAUUGAAGCUCUCAGUGAACAAAUUGAAUCAAUACGUAAUACUGUUGUUUUACUUGAGCAACGAUUAAGUGUUGUUGAAGAUGAAUUAAAAAAUUAGAAUAUUUUGAUUAUGAUUUCGUUUUAUGAAAGAAAGUACUUUUUUUUUACUUUUUAUAUACAAAUAUGAUUUUCAUUUGUACUAAAAUAUAUUCUAAACUUUAAAUUUGAGUAAUCUUAGACUUAAAGUAAUU